AUGUCUACUGGCAAGUACGACGACAUAGUCGUUGAGGUGACUGGCAAGAUUGGAAUUAUCAAGCUGAACCGGCCUAAGUCCCUAAACUCCUUUGGCGGCAAGCUAGUAGAAGAAACAAUUUCGGCAUUUCGGGAACUGGAUGAACACCCUGACACUGUGUUUACGGUCCUGACCGGAGAAGGGCGAUUUUUCAGUGCGGGAGCUGAUAUUAGAGCCACAGAGCUGUCCUCGAACAAGCAGUAUUCAAACAUAGCUGAGAAAAAGCUCUCCUUCCUAGGCGGAUGCGUAGGCGCAUUAGAAUUACUGCGAUCGGUCAUCGACCACAAGAAAGUCUUCGUUUUGGGUCUCAAUGGCCCCGCUGUUGGUGGUGGUGCUGCCUGGUUCGCUGGAGUAGCAGAUAUUGUGCUGGCUUCCACGUCAACAUACAUGCAAGUACCUUUCAGUGCUUUAGGGCUUGUACCUGAAUAUGGCUCUGCGUUGUCUUUUGCUCAAAGUAUGGGUGUACACCGUGCAAACGAUUUUCUGAUGUUUGGUCGCAAAUUGACUAUAACUGAAUUGGAGCAAUGGGGGUUAGUUAAUCGGGUUCUCCCUGUAGAGGGAUACCAAGGUUCUUUAAAAGGGUUUUUAGAGGGCCAGUUAGAAGUCAAUGAUGGCAAAAGUAUGAUGGAGAUGAAGAGGUUGCAGAAUGCGCAUUUGAGGGACACGAGGAUAUUGGCGGUAUAUAAUGCAAUGGAUGCCUUGGCAGAGAGAUGCGUUGCUGAUGCACCGCAGAAGAGGUUUGCAGAAAAGAAGGAACUUUUAGAAGGUAAGAUUGCCUAA